CCAGCCAAACCGGCAUGUCGAUUACGCUUGAAUUUAGUGGGGGCGCAGAACUAUUAUUUGGCAAAGUGAAAAAACACCACAUAUCACUAGACGAAUCGACCACAGCGUGGACAAUAAAGAAAUUGUUAAUCUGGGUGAAGGAUAAUUUACUAAAAGAAAGACCUGAACUGUUUCUACAAGGAGAGACUGUGAGACCUGGAAUCCUGGUUCUUGUCAAUGAUGCUGAUUGGGAAUUAUUGGGAGAACUGGAGUAUGAGAUUAAAGAAAAUGACAAUAUAGUGUUCAUUUCAACAUUGCAUGGUGGAUAAAAAUAAUGAUUUAUUGCUUAUUAUGUAAAUAUGUAUAUUUCUGAUGACAUUCAUAAACUUAAGGUGAAUAAAUCACCAAAAUGCAGAUAAUUUCACUUUCAUAUCGAGUUAGUGUUUCAACUUUGAUCAUGUGACUGGUUACAAGCCAAUCAAAAAUCAUUUCAGGUGAAGGUGAAGAAAAAAAUCAAAGUUGCUCAAAUAAUAUUUCUCAGUAUGGCUCUCAAAAAUAACCCGUACCUCACACAUUUUGCAUACCAGUGUAGAACAGGGAAAUGUUUGCUUUCCAUUUCACAAUUUAUUUAAUAAAGGUUAAAUAUAGAAUA